AAGAAUAAAUGAAAUUGGUUUUGUUGUGUUCUUCUUUAUUUUUGUAUAGAUCAUUUAUUGAUUAUAUGUUGAACAUAACCCGAUUGCAAAUCUAGAGAAAAUGCAUAAGUUUGUGAAUAUGAAUGUUAUAUGUAAAACUGAACUUUUCAAUAGCCAUAAAACUUGGGGAUCAUUCAUAUUAGAAGUUUAUUCAAUUUUCUCUAGAUGUGCAAUCGGGUUAUAUAUGUUGCAAAUGUUGGAGAAUUCAAAAUUUGAAUAUUUUCGGUUAAAUUCCAAUAACUUAGUUUAGUUGAAGUAUAGGUAAAAGUCUGUCUAGUUUUGGCUAAUUUCUGUGGUAUAAUUUUUGUAUCUUGCAUUAUUUUUGUACGUAGCUAGAAAUAUGUUGCACAUAUUUUUGAUGUUGAAUCCAUUUCAUAGAUUCUGGCUUGUUAAAAGCAAUCACCACCAAUAUAUAUGUCUAAUUCAGUUCUUGUUUCAGAUUCAUGCCUCUCUAUUCACUUGUGCAUAUUUAUGUAACUAUGGAAUAUAUUCUAUUUAUAAAGGAAAUAGAAAUAGUUGACAAAAAUGUUGAUUUGGAAAGGGAAUGAUGAAAAGAGAAAAUGGUGUCCCUCGAAGUGGUCGGCGUUAGUGGCAUAUUGGACCUAUUGUUUCUCAAAAUCAUCAUUACGACUCAAAAGCUUCUCCUAUUUUAUUCAAACAUUCAAAGAUAUUCAAAUGAAAAAAGGGAAAACGUUGAUUAUCCUAAUCUUAUCAUUUGCACACUUGUAGCACCUAAAAUAUAAUUAUAAAAAUUCGACAUAAGAUCAAUACUAAACUAUUUAUACACAUAAGAUAACCAUUUAAAUUUUACCAAAUUUAAAGAAGCAUCGAAAUGAAAGUAUACAAUUUCAUGAUUACUAUGUGUACUAAGUAACCAAGAUAGAUUCACAAUUUCACAUUUGUACAAGUUUUAGCUAAAUGUUUUUUGUUUGUAUUAUACUUUUGAUUUUUUUUUAAUUAGGACUAAAGCUGCAAAUGGUGCGAACGUUUUUAGUCGAAAGGCUUCUUUCUUUUGAACAAAGGCGUAUCGAUAUUAAAGCUUAUUUAGAAGAGGAAGAAGAAAGCUGCUCUUUCUUUUAUGUCAUUGCCAUCUGGUCAUAAUAACUCACACACAACUUUUUAAUGGAUUAUCCCUAAAACUGAUUUUUGUUCCAAAAUAUAUAAAUGGACUUGUUACGUUUUUUGGGCAACACUAACGUUGGUUUCCAUAGACAUUUUUUCUUUUAAUCUUUGUUUUUGUAAAAUUAAAUUAUAAAUUUGUAUAAACAAUAAAUAUAAUAUACUAAUCACUAAAAUCAAAACAUAUAAAUCAAAAGCUAAUUUUUAAUCGAUAAUUUUUGUUCAUUUGCUACUUUUCUUAUAGCUGAAUAGUUAUCCUUUCAGUUUGUUCAAUCAAUAAAUAAAAAAUGCUCUCCGUUAAUUCAGAUUUACAUAGUUCUUCUAACUAAUCAACUGAUUGAUGACUGAUGAAUAAUAUUUAUUCUAUUCUAUUCUAUAAUAUAAUUUUGCAUUAAAAGUUAAAUCAAUUGUAUUUUUGUAUCCAAUUUUACCCACCCUGAAUCAACUAUACCGCCAUAUUCCACAUUACUUUAUUCAAAUAAAUCCUAAUGAAGUAAAGCGUGUGAAAAUGUGAUGUCUCAAGUAGUUCAUGCUGAUGCUGGCGAUGAUGAUUCAAACAAAAGUCAUUCUUUAAGCUUUUUCUGAAAUAGGGGCCCCAUAAAUUCCAAUCUUAGCAUCUUUUUUACCUGUCACAUAGAGAUUUUGCUUCCUUCUGUUUUUCUUUAUAUAAGGAAACAAAACAGAGUUUAAGAAAGAAAUCUUGUGAAGAGUGGGAGAUUCAAUGGGAAAUUACAAGUUCAAAAUUUCAGAUAUGAUCCCAAAUGCAUGGCUGCACAAGCUCAAAGACAUGACUAAGCAGUCUAAACCCAAACACAAACCUUCUUCUUGUUCCUCAAACACUUGUAAUAAGAAGAAACCCUCCUCAGAUUCUCCUCUUCUUCAUCACUCUUCAACCUUUCGUUUUUCCAACAGCUUAGUACCAAACAAUCCUCACCGUAACUCACCAAGAAACUCUCUUUACACCAAAAGGAAGAGUAAGAGAAAGACACUUUACAAGUCAUCUCUUAAACCAGUCACUCCUUUUGCAUCUGAAAGUUCCACUCAGAGCUUGUUUCCAGCUCUUGAAAGCUCCCCUGAGUAUUUUUUAUUUAGUUUCUACGGAAAAGAGGAUGGUGAAUCCGUUGAUCCUUCCAACUUCAAGAUCGACAGAAAGGAUAAGGCUUUCACCAAGUACAAGGUCAAAGAGUCUCAUUCCACAGAGAAAACUUGUCCCGCAAGUAACCUAAUCAAGAAACCAAUAAGAGGCCAUCUUUCUGUGAAGAUUAAUAAAGAGAAAGAAUAUGAUGAAUGCAGAGCAGAGAAGAGAUACCAAAAUCAAGUUUCCAGUGGAAGAAAAUCGUCUUCAGGGAUAAACCUCAGAAGAGUAACUUCACCAAGAAUUCAACUCUCAGGUACGCGUACAAGCACGUCGAGAUCAAAGAGCAAACAAGUUGUUCUUGAGAGUUUUGCAGUGGUGAAGCGUUCCGUUGAUCCAAAGAAAGAUUUCAGAGAAUCGAUGGUGGAGAUGAUAGAUGAGAACAACAUAAGAGCUUCAAAAGACUUGGAGGAUCUUCUUGCUUGUUACCUUUCCUUGAAUCCAAAGGAGUAUCAUGAUCUUAUCAUCCACGUUUUUGAGCAAAUCUGGCGUCAAUUUACAAAAACAAAGUAAAAAAAAACCUCUUAAUAUAAUGUUAGUUAACGUCUGGUAACAUUAGUCUAAGUACCAUUCUGUCUUGUGCAAUUCUAGUUGUUGUUGAUGUUCAUUAAGAGGUUAGAUGAAACUGUGGAGAUUUUCUUUACUUCUCUCUAAUUAAUAGAAACAAAUAAUAAAAGUAGUUAUCAUAUUGUCGUUUUAAUUAAAAAAUGAACACUUAUAAAACUUACCGCAGAAUGGAUCACUAAGCAUAUUCUUGUCUGUUUCUGUGAUUAUGACAUUUAAUCAGAGUUACUGUACUUACGAAAGUUGUUUCAAGCUUUAUUAAUCAGAGAUUCAGAGUUACUAAGCAUAUUCUUGUUUUUUUUAAUGAUUAUGACAUAUUCUUGUCUUAGAAUUUAAGGAUAGAUUGCGCACUAUCCUUUGAAUAUUUUGAAAUUACAAUUAAAAUGGCGAUCUUCAACAAAACCAGAAAUGCCAGCAGUGAAGAGACAUGAACAGUUUGAAACACAACAAGUACGGAAUGAAUAUGAAGCGCAUGAUCGCUGGAGAUAGAGAGGACCACUGACACAGAAACUGAGAUUUAACUAAAGAAGAAUGAAACAGAGAUGAGAUUUAAUCUUUAAGGUUUACUUUUUUUUUCUAUGUGAAGAAGGAAGAAGAAAAAGAGGACCACUGUGCAAUUCACAUCUACUACUCUGUUUGGCUUAUGAAAUUGCAGCAAAAGACAUGUGAAUACGAUACGGUUUCUAAGUGA